GCUGCGGCCAUUGUCCGGCCCCGGUGCGGCUCGGGCCGCUUUGGGCGGUCCCACUGUUAGGCAGAAUCGGAGAGGACGGAGCUUGGAGCUGGGGCGGGAGGAGCGGGCCCGAGGCCCUGAGUGGGCCGGAGGUCAAGAAAUCCAGAGCCUCCAGAAGUUCCUGUCCAGGAGCGGGGCUCCAAAGAGGCGGGAAUGGUUCCAAGGCCGCCGACCGGCGCGCCCCAGGAAUUAGUGACAUUCAAAGAUGUGGCUGUGGACUUCACCCAGGAAGAAUGGCUCCACGUGGACCCUGCUCAGAGGAGCUUGUACAGGGAUGUCAUGCUGGAGAACUACAGCCACCUGGUUUCACUUGGAUAUCAAGUUUCCAAGCCAGAGGUGAUCUUCAAAUUGGAGCAAGGAGAAGAGCCAUGGAUAUCAGAAGGAGAAAUCCAAAGACCUUUCUGUCCAGACUGGGAGACCAGGCCUGGAGCCAAAUCAUCAAAUCUGCAGCAGGGCAUAUCUGAAGUGUGCCAUAGCACAGAUGAUUUCUCACAUGCCGCAUUAGAAGAUGUCUGGAAUGUUAGUAGUCAACUAGAGAGGCACCAGGAAAAUUGGAAGAGACUUCUGGGGCCAGAUGCUUCUGCUAACACCCAGAAGAAAAUAAUCACACCAGAGGAAAGUUUUGAGCAGAAAAAAUUUGGUGAACACUCUAGAUUGAGCACAGAUCUGGUUACACAAGUGAAUAUUCCUUCAACAAUAAGACCUAAUGAAUGUGAUAUAGUUGGAAACAAUUUGGGACAUAAUUCAGACUUACUUAGUCAGAGUGAUAUCCUUGCAAAAAAGAAACCCUAUAAGUGUAAUAAAUGUAGAAAAGCUUUUAUUCAUAGAUCAUCACUUAGUAAACAUGAGAAAACUCAUAAAGGAGAGGGAUUCCCCAAUGGUACAGAUCAGGGAAUUUGUCCUGGAAAGAAACACCAUCAGUGUACCGACUGUGGGAAAACCUUUCUCUGGAAGACACAGCUUACUGAGCACCAGAGAAUUCACACUGGGGAGAAACCCUUUGAAUGUAAUGUGUGUGGAAAGGCCUUCAGGCAUAGCUCAUCCCUUGGUCAACAUGAGAAUGCUCAUACCGGAGAGAAACCCUAUCAGUGUAGUCUCUGUGGGAAAGCCUUUCAGCGCAGCUCCUCCCUUGUUCAACACCAGAGAAUUCACACUGGAGAAAAACCCUACCGAUGUAAUUUAUGUGGGCGGUCCUUUAGGCAUGGCACAUCCCUGACUCAACAUGAGGUCACGCAUAGUGGAGAGAAACCAUUCCAGUGCAAGGAGUGUGGGAAAGCUUUUAGUCGAUGUUCUUCCCUUGUCCAGCAUGAGAGGACUCAUACUGGAGAGAAACCUUUUGAAUGUAGCAUAUGUGGGAGGGCUUUUGGUCAGAGCCCAUCCCUCUAUAAACAUAUGAGGAUUCAUAAAAGAGGCAAGCCUUACCAAAGUAAUAAUUACAGCAUAGACUUCAAGCACAGCUCAUCUCUUACUCAAGAUGAAAGCACUCUCACUGAAGUAAAGCCCUAUCAUUGUAAGGACUGUGGGGAAGACUUCAGUAACAUUACAGACUUUACUGACCAUCAGAGGAUCCAUACUGGAGAGAACACCUAUGAUUCUGAGCAGGCCUUUAGUCAGCAACCUAUUUCUCAUGCUGGAGAGAAACCUUAUCAUUGUAAUGUGUGUGGAAAAGCUUUCAAAAGGAGUACAAGUUUCAUAGAGCAUCACAGAAUUCAUACUGGAGAAAAGCCCUAUGAAUGUAAUGAAUGUGGAGAAGCCUUCAGUAGACGCUCAUCACUUACUCAGCAUGAGAGAACCCACACUGGAGAGAAACCCUAUGAAUGUAUUGAUUGUGGAAAAGCCUUCAGUCAAAGUUCAUCCCUUAUUCAGCAUGAGAGAACUCAUACUGGAGAGAAACCCUAUGAAUGUAAUGAAUGUGGGCGAGCCUUCCGAAAGAAAACCAACCUGCAUGAUCAUCAGAGAAUUCAUACUGGAGAAAAACCCUAUGUUUGUAAGGAAUGUGGGAAAAACUUCAGUCGAAGCUCAGCUCUUACUAAACACCAGAGAAUUCAUACUAGAAAUAAACUCUAAGAAUCCUAAAAUUAAGGAAUGUGCAGAAACUUUUAGCUAAAAUAUUGUUUUAUCUCCUGCAUUCUUACUGGAGAGAAAACUUGAGAAUGUAAUGAAUUAUGUGUGUGUUUUGUAUGUUACAUGUGGAGAAAACUCUGUGCCAGUAGGCAAAAUGUUUUUUUAAUACAUAAAAGCCACAUUCUCAGAUCUCAUUACAGACUUUAGUAAAAAAAAACUUCUGGAAAUAUCACAUAUAACCAGUUGGAGUUGAUUCACCUAUAUAUUGGACAUUAUGUAACUUUUAAAUAUACAUAUGCAGGGGGUUCCCAGCUUUUAACACCUUGACUUGUAUCCUCCACUGUUUACAGCCAUUUAAUAAAUAAAACUCCUGCAGUCAUGACCUCAUUUUUAAAACCACUUAACAACUGCAUCCAACUGCAGCUCUUAUACUAAAUUCACCAUGGAAACCAAUUUCACCUCCAGAAAUUUCACCAUUCAAAGAAUUAGAUCAGCUAGUCCAACCACUUCAUUGUACAGAUGAAGAAACUGAAAGCCAAAGAUGUGAAGUGGUUUGUACAGUGAUACAGCUUAUAAUGGCAAAGCUGGGUGGAGAAUGCAGGUGUCCUGGAUCUUUGGCUCCCAUGAUUUUACCACUAAAAAGGUAUUUUGGGAUUCUGAGGGAUCUAAAAUAAAUCUUAAAUCAGUUGCACAAGCAUAAUGAGCACCCCUGAGUUGGACACUUUGGGGAUUCAUGAAAGUGUAAAAAGUGAAACACAUACAAAUUUGUUACAGACUUGUUUAAAGCAACUUGUUGGAAGCUUACAAACCAAAAUGGUACAGACUUUAAAUGGUUAAACUACUGGUUACUGUUUUCCUUUUCCCAAUUUUAAUAAUUGCACAGUUAAGUCCCCUUUUUGUGCUUUUCAUAAAUUAUUCCCAUGAAAUAGCACUGCCCAAGCUUCCUAUAUCAGAUCUUCGGGAAAACAACACAAAACUAAGGGAAAAUGAGAAUUUUACCCAACAGUAAUUUUACUUUGGAGAAGCAUAAAUCCAGUUACCUGCUAACAUGAAUUUUGUCUUGAUUCACUUUGAAGAAAGAGUAAUUGGUUCAUGUGUGCUAAGGAAGUAUUUCACCAAAAAAAAAAACAGAACCUUUUAGAUCCAUGGUGCUUUUCCAUCAGUGAAACAUGAGCUAAACUUCAGUGUCCCACUCUGGCCCUUAUUAUUUCCCUGACACCUGAGGGCUUUCCUAAAGGAAUUUCCAGAACCUUUGUUCGUUCAUUGGCACCAAAAGUGCAGACAAAUUUUGAAGCAACUGUGGACGUUGAUGCCUUUCACAGAAGCACCACAUCCCCUUAAGAUACGGAAAUUUUCCCAGCCAUAAUGAUGAAUUGUGGAGAAUGGUGAUGCAGGUGGUGUUGAUCAUGAACUUCCCCUCCUGGCUUCUUUGCAUGCCAGAUAGCAGGCCCCCUGGCCCUUCUCUCAUCCUGGACAGCAUGAGGCAGCUCCCAAGCAUUCUUUGUCAUUCUUUGCAGAGAAGUUGUGUAUGUGGCUGAAAUGUGGGAUGGCUAGCCCAGUCUACCACCUGUGAAACCAGGUGUACUCUGUGGUAGAUCUGCCCUUCCAAGAUGUUUACCAUUCAGGAAACCUUAUGAGGCUUCAUGCUUGGCACACACACAGUGCCAAAGCCAUGCUUGUAUUGUCUGAUACACAGCUUGGCAAUGGGUAAUUCUACCCAGACUCUCCCCUUCUGAUUGGCUAGGAUGCGUCAGGAACUCAUGUUGCUGAUGAUUAUUUGGGGAUCUCCAAAGUAAGCUGUUUGCAGAAAUGGCAUGAAUUGUAACCAUUAAGUACUGCCCCAAUGUUAUAGAAGUUUAUAAAGAGUUUCAGAAGACAGAGAGACCACUGGUUUGUGUGUGGAGCCUGGCCUAAAUUCAACCAAUCUGGACCUCAGUACAUCUUCCUUGAAAGGAGAGAUGAAUGUGUGGCUGAUUGAGCAGAGGACUUUCCUAGGCCCAGUAACCACACGCCAUGUGCUUAUGAACACCCAGCUUUUUAGGACCACAUCAAAUGUAUCCUUGUAACAUUUUUGUAUUAUUUCAAUAAAUAGCCUUUUUGGUUGAAUGGGA